UUGGCUUCUUUGUACUUAAACGUUUUCUCUCUACUUGGAUAUAUAAAUAAAUAUCUCUGCAAACCAAAACAUAGAGAGCAAAUUAACGAAGAGAGAGACAGAGACAUAUAGUGAUGAAGUGUUCUUCACUAUUACCUCAACUGGUCAUUCUGCUUUUGCUGAUUUGCGUCUUCCCUUGCCACAGCAAGUCAGCUCCGUUCUCAGUCACAGAACUUACACACGAAAACUCACAUGGACGAAGUCUAUACCAAUCGGCCAAACCUGCUAGUUUUAAAGUAAAAGUAAGAGCAUUAAAGGGUAAGGGACAAGCCCUAAAUAGCAAAGAAUCUUCAAGAAGCAUGGAGAAAACUCACCAGUUAGAAGGGAGGAGACUCAUGGGCAUAUAUUAUCCAAAUGCGGGUAUAAGAGCAGGACCUUCAAAAAGUGGACAGGGUGGUGGUCGCAAUCCCGUAGCCGCACCCUAAUACUUCUUCUGAUAUUACCCUAUAGGCAUGCGUAUGUAUUUAAGAUUUAAAAAAUUAUGUGUAACUUUAUGAUAUGUAACGUUUCAGUGUUUCUAAUAAAAGGUUUUAUCUAUCUUAA